GGGGAAGUUGUAAAAGAGAACUGUGGUUUCCUGUAAUUUCUGGGGGUUUUUUCAAAUUGCUAUAAAGAAACUGACAUGAUUGUACCUGGCACACAGUGUGAAAAUCCUGAAGUGUGCUUUCAUUUGAUUUUUCUGGGUGAUAAUGGACCCUCCACCACAAGAUGGCGUUCGUCCACCAUCAGUAUUCCACAGUGUACCUGGCUAUGAGAAGAUGCUAACAGAGGGUGAAGGUGGAUUCCUUGGAUUCCUUCACCCUCCUAUGUUGUCUGACCAACAUCCCCAACCUGAAAUUCAACCAUCAUGUCCAAACUGGGACAUCCCAUCUCUCAGCAAGGAUGACGCUCAACAAGCCUUCAUCAAGUAUGCAUCAAAUAAACGCUGCUACAGCACAAAGCCAGCAGAGGAGGGCGUGAUCACCAACAUGGAGGCCUUUGAUACAUACAGGUAUCGCCUGGAGACUUUUACUGAGACACGAACUACAGAGUGGAGCCAAAGACCGUAUUAUGGUGAGAAAAUGGACACCAGUGGACAAACCCCACCCAGUCCAUGGGAGAUUCCAGUUCAUGCCCCCUUCUUUUUUCAGGAUGGAAAACAAAUCAUUGAGAUUCCACACACAUCAUCUGUGAAGAAAUGCAUUUCCUGUUCUGCCAGAGGGAGAAUAACCUGCACUACAUGUUUUGGAGAUGGUACGAAAACAUGCAAUGGAUGUGGUGGGAUUGGUUACAACUAUUACUAUCAAAACAGGCAGUUGUGCUUCUGCUGUAGCGGACGCGGGAGAAUCAAUUGUUGGCAAUGCUGCGGCCUAGGUAAGGUUGAAUGUGAUGUCUGCUCAGGCAAGCAAAACGUCAUAGUCUCCAUCAACCUCGUUGUGAUCUGGCUUAACGACGUAGAAGAACACCUUGUUGAACAAUCCAGUGGUUUGCAGAUGUUCAAACUGUACAAUGUGCCUGGAAAGGAGUUGUUUACAGACUCUAACUACAUGGUUCAUCCGGUCACAAACUUCCCGGACCCUUCAGUGGCAGAAGCCUCAGAAAGGCUCCUGAGGGAGCACCAAGCCAAGUAUUUGCAAACUUCACGCAUUUUACAGCAGCGUCAAACCGUGGACCUGGUUCCUAUUACCAAGGUAACCUACGAAUGGAAGGGAGAGUCACAUGUGUUCUUUGUGUACGGGAGUGACCUCAGAGUCAGUGCUGAGGGCUAUCCUGCUGCCUGCUGCUGCUGCACAGUGAUGUGACUCAGCAUCAUCCGGGCCCGGAUUUAUGCAUUUUAAUGAUUUCAUUGAAAGAUGACUUCAUGUUUUAUGAAAAGUUUCUGGUUAUACGCUCGGUUAUGUACCUUGAAUUGUGCAAAUGUUUUCUAUCUAAUCAAUCUAUUAUGAUUUGGACAAUUAGAAUCUAUCUAAAUUAAAUUGCUUCACUUCCCAUGAUAUAAAUAAAUUGUUAAACUUCAAGUAAUUCAGCUACAUGGCAUUAUUGCACUUUAAUCACUUAAACAUGCUCUAGCUGGGGAUCAAAUCCAAACCUGUUUUUGGGUCAGAGGUUAUGAAUGUGAGGGUGAUGAAGUUCCAAUUAUGAUUAGAGUGGAGGUCCAAGAUAAGGAGCCUAAUUUUAUCUCAACACAGGAGUUACCUGUGCAGUGAUAAGCAUUCUUGUUAUUUGAGAAAAUGUUUGCUGGGCUGCUGCAGCGUGUGUAACUCCGUGGCCCGUAAAUAUCUCAACAAGCCUACGCUUUUCUUUUUCUUUUCAUCUGUUGACAUUAGAUUAUAGAUUUGAAUAUGCCAUGUUGGAUCAGAAAGUUCACGCGCUCAGACGGCGUACUUAUGCAAGAAAUAAAAUAAAUUUAAAUGGUAGAAAAAUUGAACGGAAACAGAUCUCUAAAUCGUUUCUAAAUAAAGGUUUAAAAAAUGA